CGUUGAAAAUUCUGCACAAAAGCAGAGAGAAACAUAAAAAAUAAUGGCAAGUUUUUCACCGAACCAAUUGCGGCAAUGCGCACGGUUCACCGGAACAGCCUGCACACCGGAAAAAGAGCAAAAGCUCCGCGAUCAAAUCCACAGCGAGCUGGCCAAGAUUAAGUAUUGCAGCAAUCCAACAUACCCGUGCAGCCUAAUGCGCAUCGAUGGCUACGAGUAUUGUAUUCGACACAUUCUGCGCGAUCCGCGCGCCAAUUAUCGCCAGUGCACCCAUGUCUAUCCCAAUGGCCGGAAGUGCGGGAAUGCAGUGCCCAAACUGGAUACCAAAAAGGAACAAAUCAUGACCACCCUGUGCUUCGAGCACAAUCGCCAAACGCAACUUCAAAAAACACAUUUAUCUGUCGGACGACUUCGCAGUAGGAUCGAAACUAAUGAGAUUUUACUAAAUAAUCUGUCGCAUCAUGUCAAUGUAGAGGAUAUCAAACAGGAGGUGCCCAGACCCGAACCGGAUGAUGAUGAAAUUGACGUCGUUUCACCGCAUGUGAUGCCAUUUGUCAAUCAGGAUCAUACGAAUUCAAUUGGUCAGGUGGUGGCCAGUGUACGCAAGCGUCGUCGCAUUUUGGAUUAUGCUUCGGACAGUUCCAGCAAUGAUGAGGAUCCACCUUGUCUGAGGAAUACCGCCAAGGAUGUGGAGUUCUAUGAAUCCGACUACGAAAGCGUCGACUCCGAGGAAGAUGAUCCGCUUAAACAUGCUGGCGUCUACACGCGUGCGGAGGCAGUACAUCUGUCCGAAAUGAAGCUGAUCAAGCUGCAGGAUUUGUAUCGCGAGCAGAUUACACAUUUGCAACAGGAGAUGAGGCAACGUCGUCGCAACUAUUUGCAGGACAUACGCCGCGAACGCGAGACCUAUUGUAGCAUUCAUGAUCAGCUCAAAGAGACGCCGCACGAGCGUAAAUUGUAUGAGCAGCUCAAGGCGCUGAAUGGCUAUCAUUGCCGUCAGGGCAUGGAGGCGGUGCUCUACAAGAAGAUGAAGGAGAAACGUGCACGCGACACCCAAUUAACAGCCAAAUCCUCCACGCAGCCCAAAUGCGUCUUCACCGAGGGCGGCGUUAAGUGCGGGGAGCGCACGUUGCCCUGUUGCAAGCAUUGUCGCAAGCACAUACUCGAAGAUAAGCGACAGGUGCUGUAUCGUGCCUGUGGCGUGGAGCGUAGCGGCGUCGUCUGCCAAGAGCCAGUGGCCAGCAUAUUGGAGGACUCCACUUGUGUGCUCCACUUUAACGUGGCGCCGCUCAAGCGCCAAUACAUACAAAAGUUUUAUGAAGAGCCAAGCACGCCGUCAUUUGAAAAUGUAUUUGCAGAAUGCGACGAACAAGACUCGGUUGGUUCUUAUCAGUCCGUCAAUGAUGAAUUUGAUCUGUUCGACUUAGGCAAUGGCAUAUUAGAUAUUGAUCCUGAUGCAAUUGAUCAGAAUUAUGCAUUUUUAUGGGAUCUGGACUGUGCCGAUCUGGGAUUGCCGCUGGAGGAUCCAGAUCCUCCCGUUCAAGAUAUUAUUUUCGAAAAUCCAAUUUUCAAUCAAGGCGACGUUUACACUGAAUCUCAAGAUAGUGAAAUUCCCCAUCAAGAUCAUAAUUCAGAGGAACAAGAGCAUUUACUUCCCCAUCAAGACGAAGUAAUCGCAGCAAUUGAUGCAACUUCAGCAGAUCAAACGCAAAACGAAUCGAUUUUGGGAUUAAAUCUAGAUGAAAGUGAAAUUUCGAAUAUUAUUCAAGUCAUUAACCAGAUGCCCUGGGUCGAUCAGCUACUCAACUAAAUUGAAAAUCGAAAUCAAAUCACAUUGACUAUAUCUAAAUGCGAAUCUGAGACGGAAGACGAAGAA